AUGGUUGUCGUGAACUGUUUGGAUUUCAUCCUCAGCGAGGAGGAGGAGGAGCAAACGAACAAGUGCCAGACCACGAGUUCAUCUUCUCAUUUGUUGCUUCUCCUUCAACAACAAUUGAAAUUACGACUCUUCAAAUCAUUUAAAUCUUGGAAAUAUGCAAUCACUACGAAUAAUAAUAAUAAUAAUACUGAUAAUAAUAAUAAUAAUAAUAACAAAGACACACAACCUCCAUUCACACCCAUAGAAAUCAUUUCCGAAAUCGAACAUAGACCAAUCGCAAACUUGUGUGAUAUUAAAAUAAGCUACAAUUGUCAAGCAUUGAUCGUGAGUGAUUUUCGAUGGGGAAAGAUUCACAUGUUUGAUUUACUGACACGUAAAUAUUUAAAACCAAUAUAUCAUUAUUCAGCCAUUCCUCGUACACUUCCACUGUGUAUGUGUGUUGAAGAGGAAUCUUCACCAAUGAAUCGAUUCAGAGCAAAUACUGAUACUCAAAAUUACUUGAUUUUCACAACACAUAGUGCAGGAAUGUUUAAAGUGCACUUGUCACGAGGAGAAUGUAUGACACAAGUUUGGAAUCGUGAAUGGGAUGAAUUUCAAACAGGAGAACUCACCAUUCAUUAUUCAAAACAACAAUUGGGAAUGAAUCGAAUUUUGUGUUGUGUGAAAAAUGUUGGAGUGGUCAUGUUAAAUUCCAAUGAUGGAAGUCUUUUGAGUACUUUUCAUCAAUUUUACAUUCCCAAUAAUAAUGGAUUAUACAGUAGUAGUGCAAUGAAAAGUUACGAUUUGAAUACACAAACCAUCCAACUCUUGGAUCCUUUCAAUCUUCAUUCGAAAAUCACCACUGCGGUGGUGUGUUGCAAUUCGACCAUUCAUUUACUCGAAAUGAAAGAAAUAACACCCAACACAGCAGUGGUGAGCGGUAACAACACGACAACCACUCGAGUCCAUACGAAUGGAUUGAAAAGAAUAGGUUUGAAAUUCCUCAAGAUCAUUCAUCCCAUGCAAGCUCAUCACACACUCAAACCUUUAAAAUCUUAUUGGAUCGUGAGUAUGGUCAUGUCAUUGUUUGUUCUCAUCCAGCUCUGGUUGUAUCUCUUCAAACAGGUCAAGUGGUUGCUCAUUUGA